AUGGCUGGCUUACAGGCUCAAACCUAUUGGGCUUCGGUUCUACAAACGACAAGGGAUGAGAAUGCGGGGAGAUCCGGGGCCCCAUUGCUCGGUUUCACACCUUCCAGGAGGCGAAAGUCAACUUGCCCAAGGAUGAGUUUGAAGGCGGAGUCUGGGGACUGGUUCAGUUGCCGAUUCAUUCAAGAAAAGGCUUACAUUGGUGUAUUUCAGCAACAGUGGCUGGCCUGGCUUCUGAAGGAGCGUGCUAGUGGACGCCAAGCAACGCGCGGCAACUGCUUCGCUAGCGAUUACCCCGAAGCCAGCCACUAG